GGAGUAUGCGGAGUUGGGUUCAUUGAACACGGAGGGUGCGAAGUAUUUGCGACCAUAUAUGUUGAGUGCACGACCCGAUUUGGGGUUACGUGGCUACGUGGAACCCGUGGAUUCCUCAGCUUACUUUGUUGAGAGCUUCAGGGCUGACAGAGGUGUUGAGAAGUUGGUGAUUGCAGCCGUUCCAACAGAGAUGCUAGCUUCGCCAAUCACCGAGUUUCGGGUGAAAGACUUUUGCCCGGAUGAAGAUGGUUUGUUGGCACCGAUGUCGCUUUUCCAUGUGAAGGGGUGGUCUCGAAGUAUGGCUGCAAUUGCUUGCAUGCUACACGGCUACACCAUGCCUGAAGCUUUCACCGCACCAUUCUCAGCAGUUGAUUCGAUCACUUGGCUUUGA